GGUCCACGGUCUACUGGUCACGCUGUGAGGAGUGAGUACUUACCCUGCUGUCCCAUUUGGAAAGGAUUCUGAAGUCAAAAGCUUUGUAAGCUUUCACACUUCCUGUGGUGCUGGAUUCCACGGUGACCCAGUUUUGAAAAAACAAGUUUACGGCUUCCUGGCCCUCAUGGCUCGCGUGUUCGUGUACGGGACCCUGAAGAGAGGCCAGCCCAACCACAAGGUCCUGCUGGACCCCACCAACGGCUGUGCCGCCUUCCGCGGCCGGGGCCGCACGCUGGAGCCUUACCCCUUGGUGAUCGCCGGCGAACAUAACAUCCCACGUCUGCUCAACCUCCCGGGGCAAGGGCGGCUUGUGCUCGGCGAGAUCUACGCCGUGGACGAGCGGAUGCUGAGCUUCCUCGACGAGUUUGAGGGCUGCCCGGACAUGUACCAGCGCACCCCACUGCAGGUCACCGUCCUCGAGUGGGAAGGCGCGCGCGGGGCGCCCGAGGAGACGCCGGCCGCCGACGGGACCCUGCGGUGCUUCGUGUACAGCACGGUCACCUACGCGCCCGAGUGGGUCCGCCUGCCGCACCUCGACGACUACGACUUCCAGGGGGAGCACGGGCUUCGCUACAAUCCGCGGGAGAACAGAUGCCAAGCGCGAGGACCAGGCCUGCCCUGCUCCGCCGGGGGCUGGGGGACAGAGCCCCGACGAUGAGACGCCCUCAGCCCAGUCUGCACUCAGUGCGCCCACGUAAUAAUGUCCUUUGAAACAAAUACUUAUAAAACUCAAUCUGUGGGAAAAGGAACAAUCUCUUUUUCAGCCGCAGCUGAUUUUCCCAAUAUUUUGACAUACUGAUCACAAAAUUAUGCCUGAAGUCUGUCUAGCCUACAGUGCUUUGUUGCUUGCUGCUUCCAGAACGCCACGGGCUUGAAUAGAUAGGGAAAAUUCAGGAUCUUAAUUCCCCUAAACGACAUUUCAAGAACUCAUGUCAUAUAUAUAUAUAUAUAUAUAUAAUUUUUGUUUGCUUUGAAGAUAACGUUUAAAAUGUAGACUUCGUGUAGCAGCUAGAUUUUAGCAACCCUACUGUAUUGAUUCUAAAUUGUAGCAGCAAGAAGAAUUUUUUAAACUGAUUUGGGUUAUCUCAGUGUAGUAAAAGAACCUCAAGAAAAACACUGUGUUUGGGGUAGUUUUAGAGCAUAUAAAACAUUAGUAUGCACAGUUUCCAGAUCAAGCUUAUUAAAGAAGUUAUUACUAAAGAUGAUCAUAUAAUA